AGUGAGGCAGCGGGGGAAUGUCCGGUGACGUCAGAGCGUCUGAACGCCAUUAGAUCUGCAGCUGUUUGGAGAGAAACAACAACAACACGAACGACCCUCUGCACGGAACUCGCUCUGGACCGCGGGAGCCCGACGCCUCUUUCCCUCCACCGGGCUUCACCGGCUUCUAACCACGGCCGCUCUCGGUGAGGAAACUCUGGCCUCCGCUUCCUCCUCCUCCGACUCGGACACCGGUGGAGCGUCGCCGCCCCCGCGGAAGAAGCACCGAGCCUCGGCGGCGGAGGGAGUAGGAGAGCCCGGGGCUUCAGCAGGCCUACUGUCAGCGACCCACCUUAGCCGAACCGGCGCAAACAUGCAGUCAAACGGGACCGGACAGGAGCAGAACCACCCCGCGAACACGCAAAACGGAGAUGCCAACGGCCUCCAGAGCAAUGCGGGCUCAGCAUCGGGGGCCUCCGGGACGGGUUCAGGAUCCCUGAAGAAAAAGAAGCGGCUGUCCCAGGCGGAGGAGGACGUGAUCCGCCUUAUUGGACAGCAUCUGCACGGGUUAGGGCUGAAUCAGACGGUGGAUUUGUUGAUGCAGGAAUCGGGCUGCAGACUGGAGCAUUCAUCAGCCACAAAGUUUCGAAACCACGUCAUGGAAGGUGAAUGGGACAAGGCUGAAAACGACCUCAAUGAGCUGAAAGCAUUGAUGCAUUCACCCAACGCUAUUGUGCGGAUGAAGUUUCUGCUAUUGCAGCAGAAGUAUCUGGAGUAUUUGGAGGACGGGAAAGUUCUGGAAGCUCUGCAGGUGUUGAGAGGAGAGUUGACUCCCCUCAAAUACAACACGGAUCGAAUCCAUGUGCUCAGCGGCUAUCUGAUGUGCAGUCAUGCUGAGGAUCUGAAGGCAAAGGCUGAGUGGGAGGGAAAAGGAGCUGGAUCACGAUGUAGAUUAUUGGACAAGCUCCAGACGUACCUGCCGCCCUCCGUCAUGUUGCCUCCUCGACGGCUGCAGACUCUGCUCAGACAGGCCGUGGAGCUGCAGAGAGACCGAUGCCUUUAUCACAACACCAAACUGGACUCCAGUCUGGACUCUGUGUCCUUACUGCUGGAUCACGUCUGCAGCAGGAAACAGUUUCCCUGCUACACGCAGCAGAUCCUCACAGAGCACUGCAAUGAAGUCUGGUUCUGCAAGUUCUCCAACGACGGCACUAAACUCGCCACCGGCUCCAAGGACACCACUGUGAUAAUCUGGCAAGUGGAGCCGGACACACAUCAACUGAAGCUCUUACGGACUCUGGAGGGUCACGCGUACGGUGUGUCAUAUCUCGCCUGGAGUCCUGAUGAUGUUUACCUAAUCGCCUGCGGUCCUGACGACUGCUCUGAGCUCUGGCUCUGGAACGUUCAGACAGGAGAGCUGCGAACAAAGAUGAGCCAGUCUCAUGAGGACAGUCUGACCAGCGUCGCCUGGAACCCUGACGGCAAACGCUUCGUUACAGGAGGACAGAGAGGACAGUUUUACCAGUGUGAUCUUGAUGGGAAUCUGCUGGAGUCAUGGGAAGGUGUUCGUGUGCAGUGUCUGUGGUGUAUGGGCGACGGACGGACGGUCCUGGCCUCUGAUACACACCAGCGGAUCCGCGGAUACAGUUUUGAGGACCUAACAGACAGAAACAUAGUUCAGGAGGAUCAUCCUAUAAUGUCUUUCACCGUUUCUAAGAACGGAAGAUUAGCUUUGUUAAAUGUAGCAACUCAGGGCGUUCAUCUCUGGGACCUGCAGGACCGUGUGUUGGUCAGGAAGUAUCAGGGUGUGACGCAGGGUUUCUACACCAUUCACUCCUGCUUCGGCGGACACAACGAGGACUUCAUUGCCAGCGGGAGUGAAGAUCAUAAGGUAUAUAUUUGGCACAAGCGCAGCGAGCUGCCGAUCGUGGAGUUGACGGGACACACGCGCACAGUGAACUGCGUCAGCUGGAACCCAUGUAUUCCCAGUCUCAUGGCCAGCGCUUCCGACGACGGCACAGUCCGCAUCUGGGGACCCGCACCUUUCUUGGACGCACAAGAGCUGGAUGGGCUCACCGAGAGUUGCAGCAGUAUGGACAGUUGAUGGCAGCUCUGCAACGGACGCCUUCUUCUUACGACAAAACAUGCGAAAUCCAACAGAGAGAAAACACGAUUACAGCAUUGUCCUCCUCCACAACGACACACGAGUGCAAACAAACCCGAAAGAGAUUCAGAGCUUGGCUUUCAGGAGUCUGGAGGCAGCAGAAGCAGAGACCCGGCGCUGAUCCCGGAUCAGAUCUCGUUCCCUCAAUAUUACCCUCUCAUUAGCCCCGAAGACGAGACGCCCGGGGGUCCGGCUGGGUCUAUAAACUCACACUCAAUCCUCCAGCGGCAGAGGACGAAACACUUAUUUUUUAAAAGAUAUACUAGUCCUAGCAAUUCUCUCUUUGGUUCCUUUAGCAGCUGAUCAGCUUGGGCUUUAGUGUUGAUGAUGGAGUGCUGUAGUUCUUUCUGUUCUUUUGUUUUUUAACUCAAAUACUUUGUUUUCAACCGGACCCCCUUCACCCAUCAGUAGGGGCCGAGUUUGAAGAUUCAACUUAAUUUGCUUGGGCCACCGAAGUGUGUGUGAGCAACCGAGCUUGUGUGUGUGGGAGCUUGUGAGUGUACGUGUGCAAAAGCGUACGUGUGCGCAAGCGUACGUGUGCAUAAGUGUGUGCAAACGUACAUGUGUGUGCGUGCGUGCGAGCAUAUGUGUGCAUGCGAGUGUGCGCUUGCAUGCCAGCGUACUUGUGCGCUUGCGUGCGAGCGUACGUGUGCGCUUGCGUGCGAGCGUACGUGUGCGCUUGCGUGCGAGCGUACGUGUGCGCUUGCGUGCGAGCGUACGUGUGCGCGUGCGUGCGAGCGUACGUGUGCGCGUGCGUGCGAGCGUACGUGUGCGCGUGCGUGCGAGCGUAUGUGUGUGCGAGCGUACGUGUGCGUGCGUGCGAGCGUACAUGUGAGCGUAAGCAUGCGUGUGAGCGUACGUGCGUGCAUGUGAGCGUGCGAGCGUGCCUGUGAGUGUACUUGUGUGCAUGCGAGCGUAUGUGUGCAAGCGCGCAUAUGUGCGUGCGGAUGUGUUUGUGUGCGCAACCGUACUCGUGUGCGUGGGAGCUUACGUGUGCGCGAGUGUGUGCAAGCGUACGUGUGUGCAAGCAUUUUUGUGUGUGCGAGUGUACGUGUUAGCAUACCUGCAUGCGAGCAUACUUGUAUGCGUGCGCGAGCUUGCGUAUGCGUGCUUGCGAGCAUACUUGUACGUGUGUGCUUGCAAGCUUGCUUAUGCAUGCGUGCGAGCUUACAUAUGCGUGUGUGCAGGCAUACUUGUGCGUGCGAGUGUAUGUGUGAGCGUGUGUGCGUUCGUACGUGCAUACUAGCAUAAUUGUGUUCGUGCAAGCUUACUUGUGUGCAUGUGCGUGCAAGCAUACUUUUGUGUGUGUGCCAGCAUACGUGCGUGCAUACACGUGUGCAUGCAUGUAUACAUGUGUUCGUGCAAGUUUGCGUGCCUACGUGUGUGUGAACUUGCGUGCAUGCGUGGAAGCAUGUGUGCGAAUGAGCUUGUGUGUGUGCGAGCGAGCUUGUAUGUGUGUGAGUGGCCUUGCAUGCGUACAUGUGUGCGUGCGUCUGUGUGCAAACUUGCGUGCGUGUCCGUAUGUGUAUGCGAGCUUGCAUGUGUUCGAGUGUGUGCUUGCAAGCUUGCGUGCUUACGUGUGUGCAAGCUUGGGUGUGUGCAUUCGAGCUUGCGUGUGUGAACGUUUAUAAUGUGCCUAAAGCAUUGGUUUCGCACAUGGCACUGUCUUCACACCAGCGCGAGUGUGUGUCCCUCGUUUAGCUGUACGAAUCAUUUUAACAAGAUCAGAUCGAAGCCCUCGAGACCUUCAUCUGUGGAACAAAACUUGAGCACCAUUUUGUAUUGUUUAGGUUAGUAUCAUUUCUUUUAAAGAAAGCUGUUAGCAAAGUUCCUUGUUUUCACCACUUACCUUAGAGAGGUGCGUUCAGGAGAGACACUUUGUUAUAUUAGUACAACAAAAAAACUAAGAUUGAAACCUGAGGGCAACAUACACGUUCAGAACGUGUGUGAAAAGGUGCCGACAGCUUUAAACAGAGAGAUACUGUGACACUGUCAAUCAAUCAGAUAUUGGGCGUUUUUGUGGAGUGUAAAUGACCUAUGCAGCAACAUUCGAGCUGAGAGCCCCGAUAUAAUGUUUCCUGCAGCAGCCAUACCAGCAUUAAGAGAAACCUUUUAAGAUCGCACAACAUAUCCACGAUUAGUUCAGUCGCAUCCAACACGGUCAACUUCCCUGAUCUGAGAUGUUUACACCAAAUAUCAAUCUUUUUCCAGUCCCCCUUUUUUUGGAGAGAAAUAUUUGCUAUGGACUGAUAUUAAAUGUUGGAAAAGAUGCUUUUCUGCCUGUUUUUAUGAAAGAUUUUGUUACGUUUUUUUUUUUCUUUUUGGUUUACAAUAUUUUUUAUUUUGUUUGACUUUAUCUCUGUAUCAUUAUAUUAAACUAUAACCAGAUAAAUUGUCUCCUCUUUUUUUAAAAUAUCUUUUAUUUAAGCAUUAUUAGCACUCUUUUUUUUAAUUUAGAAGAACAUUAACCGUGAUUUUAUUUUUCAAUUUUUAUCAGCUUUUUUCCGCAGACAUAAGAUGGUGCUAAACGCCCCGGCCUUCGCCUCGCAGGUGGAAACUCAAAGAGAAAUCCAGAUUUAAAGAUCCUCAAAUCUUUUCUAAACCUUAGAGUAUCGGUCACUUUAAUACUGAAGACAUAUUUGCCAACCUGCAAAGUCCGAGAUUCGUUUCGUUAUAAAAGCAAUUAUCAUUCAUUGAUCGCUUUCACUCUGAUAGCUGUUAAAAAUGUGUAAGUAAAUAGAUUUUGAUAUCCAAUCGAUCAUAAGCAUCUACCUGUUUUGGUUUCCAUUUAAUUCUUGCCUGUUUACUUGAGGACCAUCUUGUGCCAUAAGCAAAAACAACAAAAGAAAAUCUGGACGAUAUUUGGUCGCUGCUCGGACCAGGCUGACGCUUGUGCACUGUGACACAUCUUUGCUGUUGAUUUAGCUGAUCCGAGAGCAGUUUGUUUCGGCUAUUCCUCCUCAUUGUUUUACAGAACUAAACACAAGGCUGCUUAAUUGCAGCAGUGGACAUAUUAAUGCAUAUGAUGAUGAUGGUGAUGAAGGGUUUGUGUCCUCUACUAACCAUAUGCAAGAACGUGUCUCUUUUUUUUUUUCCAGCGAACUGCAGAUGUGCGAGAGGUUUUCCCUCAUGAUAACUCUGCUCCUGAGCUAAGGGCAUCCAUCUGCAUUAAGUGUGUUAUUUCAACAAGUGAUUGUACUGUUUUGUAUUGUUGUGUAGGAGAUGUGUUAUGUAUGCAUAUUUUCAAUAAAGCAUUCAGGGUUUUGAAACU